GGACUUACGGAUAGGAUCGCUCGAUGGAAAUAUGUGGUCGAGAUCUCCUAACCUAAAACCCUCUAUAAUAUUAGGGCUUCGAAGCAGAGUAGCCGAUCCUCUCCGUAAAAGCAAACCCUAGAGAGGUAGCAAGAGAGGCGAUUCUCUCAGCAAUGGGGGCAUACAAGUACGUGUCGGAGCUAUGGAGGAAGAAGCAAUCGGACGUGAUGCGGUUCUUGCAGAGGGUCCGGUGCUGGGAGUAUCGCCAGCUCCCGUCGAUCGUGCGCGUCACGCACCCGACGCGUCCCGAUAAGGCUCGCCGCUUGGGAUACAAGGCCAAGCAGGGAUACGUUGUCUAUCGCGUCCGUGUUAGGCGUGGUGGUCGGAAGAGGCCUGUUCCCAAGGGUAUUGUUUAUGGUAAGCCCAAAAACCAAGGUAUCACCCAACUGAAGUUCCAACGCAACAAGAGAUCAGUGGCAGAAGAACGAGCUGGUCGAAAAUUGGGAGGACUGAAGGUUCUCAACUCCUACUGGCUAAAUGAGGACUCAACCUACAAGUACUAUGAGAUCAUCCUGGUUGAUGCGGCUCACAAUGCAAUCCGGAAUGAUCCCAGGAUCAACUGGAUCUGCAACCCAGUACACAAGCACAGGGAGCUGCGUGGGCUUACCUCUGCCGGAAAGAAAUACAGGGGCCUCCGUGGGAAGGGCCACUUGCACCACAAGGCGCGGCCAUCCCGAAGGGCGACCUGGAAGAGGAACAACACCCUGUCCCUCCGCCGUUACCGCUGAUUUCAGUGAUGUUGCUUGUCUUUUGUUAUAUUUGCGCUCAGAUUUUAGUUACUGUUAUUCCUUCUGUUACAAAGAUUUUGGUGGAGAAAAUUUUACCUGAGUGGGGCUUGAUCUUAGAGCACUGGAAUGCGUCUCAUCCAGUUAUUAGACUUU